AAUAUUCCCGCCUUUUCCCAAAACUAACUCGCGCGCACCGCUUGUCUACAAACACCGUAAAUGUUGGUCUUCCUGUGGUUUCACCGUUUUGCGCGUUUUCGGCGCCCUACUUUAAUUGUUUGAUAACAAAAAGAGUAACUUUUUACGGGGGCGCUUAUUGCUCUAGCGAGCAAGAGUAAAACUGUUCAGUCAUUCGGAUUCCAUCCGUCAUUAACUUGGGCUCCCUGUACGGGAUUCCUGUGUUACUCUUUUUGGCGCGAAAAAGAAAUUUGAAGAAGCGAGUGAACUUUACAAAAAAAGAAACGUCUAUUUCGAAUCGUCUUUCUUUCAGUUAAUUUAAUGGCUUUUCUUGGUGUGAGCUCAGGCACUUAUGAUUUACCUUGCUCAUGCAAGACGAAAACCGAAUUGAGCGCCCUGAACGAAUUGCUGGGAACGGAUGAAAAGAUCGAAAAAAAGAGUCAUGCAUGGAGCGAAAAGACACUGCCAGAGGCAGCCAAACAAGAUGAAGGUUUAUGGGCAGUGUACGGACUUCUCAGUUUUGAAGACCGGAAUACGAGGAGCCAGAGUGGAAAACAAGUGUUGUUAACUGCAUGGCAAGUUUGCGACUCGAGUCGAGACCACGAAGGAGGCUAUUUGAUGAAUUACGACGAAAGCAAAAGAUCGCCUAGUAAAAGAGACGCAAAAUUAGGUAGCUCCAGAAGUCGCUCUAGCUCCGCAAGAGAGCCGAAAAACUUGGAGACGUUUACUAGGCGUUGCGACUUUGUUAAAGAAAAUAUCAAACCACAAACAAAUCAAGAAUGCGAGAGACAAGAAGACGGCCGCAUCUCAAGGCUGGGAAGAUCAGCUUCGCCUCACAAAGCCAUGAAGUUCCACCAUUUCAAACGCAUCACAGAGCAUAUGCGAUAUUACCGAGAAACUAUCACAGCCUCUGCCACGAGAAGGCAUGUUCAGAUCCAAGUGCAAAAAUCAAAAAAGGCAGUUAAACCUCCCCAGGCCCACAGCAAGGCGGAAAAUAUGACAUUCUGCAAGUUUUGUGUUUCUACUACAUCCAAUAUGAACGACAAAGAAGACCAAAAGAAUGGAUUUGGAAUUCUUAGAGUUAGCCCUUGUCUGGCAUCCCCAAAGACUCCAUCCAAGAACACUAAAGAUAAGUUAUCACAAAAAGAAGCAAAUAAAUUAAGAGAGGAGAUAAAAAGCGAUUCUUUCAACAGUUCUGCCAGUAGAAAAACGCUUGACAUCCCAAAAAAGGAAACCGUCCUCUUGAGAAGGUCAGAAAAAUGUAGGUUUUCUAUCUCUUCAGUUGCCAAGAAUUACUCUGAGGGAAAAGCUUCCCCUUGCACCAUGCUUGAUUAUGAAAAAAAGCUGAUCUUAUCACCCAGUUGCCGUGAUUUUGUUAAAAGGUCGGUACCCGAUGAGGAAAAGAAAACUAGCGAGAUACGACCGGUGAAAAAAGUGGAGUUACAAGUUUGCAGGCCCCCAAUGCUCUCAGUUGGCAACGGAAAUGGAAAGGGUCGUGGCUAUGGUGCCUGUUACUCAAGAAGGUGCAUCCGCACGGGGGGUCUCCCUUGCAGCCGAUCGUGUCAGAGUCACGCAACGCUGCCUUGGAGUGGUAGCUGGAAACCUGCAUCAAGCACUCACAUCUUUACCAUGCUCAAAAAUAUUCCUUCAUCUAUGAAACGCAUAUACAUUUCUUCAUUUACAGAGUCAGCCUGUGUACAAACAGAGUACCAAGGCCGUCCCAGCCAAGACUAUACCACUUAAACUACCAAAUGACAACGUCACAAAUUCAAAGACGCUUCCCGAGAAAGAGUUCCUCCACAUUACAACACCGAAAAUGAUUGCCAGUAAUCCAGGAAGCAAUAAAGACAGCACAACAAAGCUAACAGAGGAAUCUGAAAAUCCCCAAGACAGACGCAAUGCCCCUCUACAAGUAGCGUGCUACACCCUGGCUCAAGCUACCGACACUAGCAGUAUCCCACGGAGUAGGCUUCUAGGUCCCGCCCAACCAACCCACCAGACGGUAGCAUCUAACACCUCAAGCUUCCAGGCUUGUAUUACCCCUUCCGGCUACGCAAAAAGCAGUGUGAGUGCUCAGCUACGAAAAGACAAGCCUGCCCACACCACGAGGCGAUCAACGAGAGAGGCAUAUCGCCUAGAGCCAGCCCCGACUCAGAAAAUACCAUCAAAAGCUUCUAUUUCAAACAUCGUGCCUUUUAUGUGAUACCCUUGAAGUGGCUCGUUAUGGCAUGAUGGUGAAUCUCCCUAUUUUAGCGCUUCACUAAUAAAUCCGGGAGAGACCGGGUAUCAAUAACUUUUUUAAAUGUUAUUCUAUUUUAACCCGAUUUAAAAAGUUUUGACAACGUUAAGAUAUAUAAGUGUAUAACUUUUCAGCACUUUUUUGCACUCUACUUUUUGCAGCAUGUAAUUUUUUCCAGACAUUUUAACAGGUGUUUUUUAACGUUUAGUCAAAACCGUACUGCAUGUGCUCCGUAAACUUUAUGACUUGUAUUCAGAAAGAAAAAACUGUGACUGAAAAAACUGUUACUGUGACUAUCUUUAGUCAGUUAAGAAGGUCUCUGAAAAUAAACUAAGAUUCCUCGGUACCAGACCCC